CACUGCGCCACUUCUUGCGAAGCUUCCCAUUUGCAGAUGGGGACCAGAGGCCGGAACCAGGUCCUCACACAUGGUAAUGUGAGUGCUCUAUGGGAUGCUGCCAAUCUGGACCCUUGCCCUGUUGCUGGCAGCAGUGGCAGGAAAAGAAGUUUGUUUUGAAAGACUUGGAUGCUUUAGUGAUGAUUCCCCAUGGGCAGGAAUUUCUGAAAGACCCCUAAAGAUUUUGCCCUGGGCUCCGAAGGAUGUCAACACCCGCUUCCUCCUGUACACAAAUGAGAACCCAGACAACUAUCAAGAAAUUACUGCAGAUAUAUCCCAAGUCACAAGCUCCAAUUUCAGAACUGAUAGGAAAACCCACUUCAUAAUCCACGGAUUCAUAGACAAAGGAGAAGAAAACUGGCUGUCUGAUAUGUGCAGGAACAUGUUUAAGGUGGAAAACGUGAACUGUUUCUGUGUGGAUUGGAAGAGUGGCUCCAGAACUGGAUACACCCAGGCCUCACAGAACACCCGAAUUGUGGGUGCAGAAGUGGCUUAUUUCAUUGACUUGCUGCAGAACUCCUUUGGGUAUUCACCUUCCAAUGUCCACAUCAUUGGCCACAGCCUAGGCGCACACGCUGCUGGAGAGGCUGGAAGAAGGACCAGUGGGGCUGUUGGACGCAUCACAGGGUUGGAUCCAGCUGAACCUUGCUUUGAAGGUACACCAGAAUUAGUCCGACUGGAUCCCUCAGAUGCCCAGUUUGUGGAUGUAAUUCACACUGAUGCUGCCCCCAUCAUCCCCAAUAUGGGAUUUGGAAUGAGCCAAACUGUGGGUCACAUGGAUUUCUUCCCCAAUGGAGGCAAAGAGAUGCCUGGAUGUCAGAAGAACAUUCUCUCUCAGAUUGUGGACAUUGAUGGGAUCUGGGAAGGAACUCGUGACUUUGUGGCCUGUAAUCACCUACGAAGCUACAAAUACUACUCUUACAGUAUCAACCACCCUGACAGCUUUACUGGAUACCCUUGUGCCUCAUACAGUGUUUUCAGUGCAAACAAGUGCUUCCCUUGCCCCAGUGGAGGCUGCCCACAGAUGGGCCACUAUGCUGAUGGAUUUGCUGAUAAAACAAGUAAAAUGUUCCAGCAAUUUUUCCUGAACACUGGCAGUGAGAGCAGCAACUUCGGCCGCUGGAGGUAUAAGGUAACUGUCACACUGUCCGGGAGGAAGGUUACAGGACACAUUCUUGUUUCCUUGUUUGGAAGCUUAGGAAACAGCAAGCAGUACGAAGUUUUCAAGGGUACUCUGAGACCAGACAGUACUCAUUCCAAUGAAUUUGACUCUGAUGUGUAUGUCGGUGAUGUGCAGAGGGUUAAAUUUGUCUGGUACAACAAGGUGAUCAACCCAACUCUACCCAGAGUGGGAGCUUCCAAGAUCACAGUGGAAAGCAGCGAUGGAAAAGUAUUCAACUUCUGUAGUCUGGAAACUGUAAGAGAAGAUGUUCUGCUCACCCUUACCCCAUGUUAAACACUACUAGCAUGCAAGCUUUGACUCUGCUAAUAAAAUGAAGAAUG